UCGAUCAUACCAGCCACACAGAAGUACCAACGCGAGACUGGGCCGGCCUCAAAAAAUUCGUGCCCAGAGUUUAUCUGUGAUCUGUGAUGAGGGAGUGGCGCAAGCAGUGAAUUAUGAGCCCGAAAACGCAGGCCAAAGUGAAAUGUUCGAAGAAGCGAAAAACGGAAACCAAGCGGCGGCAGUGAUUCGAUUGGAAUAGAAAAGUGUUAUUUGUUUUAGUUAAUUAUACCAAAACGUUUGUGCUUUUAGCUGCAUUCUUGUGAGCACAACGAGUGAGCCCACCCCCCAACCCCAUUCCAACUGCAGUGAGUGACUGGUGCAAAAGAGCAGUGGAGAAACACAACGAAAGCGAAGCGAACGGGAGAAGGAAUAAUAAAAAAAAACUGCCUUGUUGGCUUAUGCAGACUUACUGUGUUUGGUUUGGUACACAAGCAUGGAAGUGCACAACAGCUUGCACUGCGCCUCUCCUGUGCUCUCCUCGUUGCAGGCCAACGCCUCCGGCAGUGCGACGCCCAAGAAGACGGCCUCCAGCAGUGCGGCAGCGGCAGCUCAGAGCGCACUCCUCGAUCAACUCAGCCAGCAGCAGAAUGCGGAGCAUGAGGAGACAGAUACACACAGUCGACGGGACUGUGUCAGUCCGGCCAGCUCCAACUCGGAGCCGGAUAAGGAACUGAACGAGCUGAGGAAUCUGAACGGUUCGCUGACAGGCAGCGGAAGUGUUGGCAAGUCGAACGGCUCCCUGAGCGGCGCCUCUUCGACCACCUCGGCGCCAGCUGGAACGAGCAUCGCCAAUACCAAUGGCUCCGCCAGCGGAGCGGCAUCGUUGAGCGUGGUGUCAGCCACGGCACAUCUGAAGAAGCGCAUCACCAGCAGCCGCACACCAACCCGCAAGGCUCAUCGCAUUAAAUUCUAUCGCAAUGGGGAUCGCUUCUACCCGGGCAUAACCAUACCCGUGUCCAACGAACGAUAUCGAUCAUUCGAGAGCCUCUACGAGGACCUGACACGACUCCUCGAGGAGAAUGUGAAAAUCCCAGGUGCUGUGCGCACCAUCUAUGACAUGUGUGGCAAGAAGAUUAUCGCCCUGGAGGAGCUGGAGGAUGGACAGAGCUACGUGUGUUCCUGCAAUAACGAAAACUUCAAGAAGGUCGAGUACAAUACCAGCUCCCAGCCGCUGGCCAACCUCACGCUGGCGAACAACAGCCGCUCGUGCAACAGUCGACUGGCCAAGCUGCAGCGUCCCGCAUCUCCGCUGAAGAACGGAGUUCUCAACAGCAGUGCACCGGCCACAGUUGCCGGAGGAGCCGCCUCCAAUGGCAGUCCGUUGAACACUUCGCGGUUCAGUGAGCGAGACAGCGUGGUACAUCCUCGCAUCGUUACCCUCAUACGGAAUGGGACAAAGCCAAGGCGCAUCAUUCGAUUGCUGCUGAACAAGCGGAACAGUCCCAGCUUCGACCACGUCCUGACCGCCAUUACGCAGGUGGUGCGGCUGGAUACGGGCUAUGUGAGGAAGGUGUUUACCCUGUCGGGUGUCUCGGUGCUGCAGCUGGCCGACUUCUUUGGCUCGGAUGAUGUGUUCUUUGCCUACGGCACAGAGCGGGUCAACACCGUGGACGACUUCAAGUUGGAGGCGGAGGAGCAGCGCGCCAUUAAUGCUAUACGAAAGACGCUGCGCACGGCGGGCACCGCCUGCAAGGGACCCAAGCCCAAAAUGCCUGUCAAGAGCAAAAAGGCAUACCCGCCGGGGGAACUAAAAGCCCAGGCCGAGGCUCAGCUUCAGUCAGAGGCAAGCCCUGCCAACGAGGACGAUGAGCAGGCGGCGCUGCUCAAGAGCACUGGCGUGGAGGUAGCCGAACUUCCGGCUGCCAUACGCGACAACUACACGCUGAGCCAAAUCAUUGGCGACGGCAACUUUGCCAUUGUGCUGAAAAUUAAGGAUCGCCAGACGGGCAUUCCUCGCGCUCUGAAAAUAAUCGACAAGAGCAAGUGCAAGGGCAAAGAGCACUACAUUGACGCAGAGGUGCGCGUCAUGAAGAAGCUCCACCAUCCACACAUAAUCUCGCUCGUAAUGGAUGUGGACCAGAACACAAAUAUGUAUCUGGUGCUGGAGUAUGUCAGUGGGGGCGAUCUUUUUGAUGCAAUUACCCAGGUGACGCGUUUCUCGGAGAGCCAAUCCCGCAUCAUGAUCAGACAUCUGGGCUCAGCCAUGUCUUACCUACAUUCCAUGGGCAUUGUGCACCGAGAUAUAAAGCCGGAGAACCUAUUGGUUGAACUGGAUGAGUUUGGGAAUGUCGUUCAACUGAAACUCGCUGACUUUGGACUGGCCUGUGAAGUCACCGAACCUCUAUACGCCGUCUGCGGCACGCCAACCUAUGUGGCGCCCGAAAUAUUACUAGAAGUGGGAUACGGCUUAAAGAUCGAUGUUUGGGCUGCUGGCAUCAUACUGUACAUACUGCUGUGCGGCUUCCCGCCGUUUGUGGCGCCAGACAACCAACAGGAGCCGCUUUUUGACGCCAUCAUCUCGGGCGUGUACGAGUUCCCAGAUCCCUACUGGUCGGAUAUUGGAGACGGUGUGCGCGAUCUAAUCGCCAACAUGCUGCAAUCCGAUCCCGAUGUUCGCUUCACCAGCGAGGAUAUUUUGGAUCACUAUUGGACAAUGGGCAACGAGGAAAUCGGAUGCGGCGAUUACAACAGAUGAAUUAUGGCCGUGUGGGGUGUUUAAACAGAAAUCUAAUCACGCCCACUUAUUGACGUUAUCGUUGACGCCGCGUAGUUUUUGUAUUAUGUAUUUUAGAAUGCUACUAUUUAGGCUUUUAUUUAUUCACACAUUACCACAUACACCACGAUAAUCCUGUAGUGUACUAGAGAUAACUACAAACAAUUUAAGACAAGACAAAACAAGACACGACGUAAGAAACAAACAGUCAAACGAAAAAACAAAAACAAACAAGAGAAAACGAAGCAAAACCCCAAAAUAGUACUCUAGAAACUGAAGUUUCGAAAUUCCAGUUUCCAAACCGUUUACGGUUGGUUUCGCAAUCAUAUAUUUAGUCUUAACUUCUUAACAUAUGUAUUUAAACUUUACAGAGCGCAUGCAAGCGAGAAUCAUAUUUUUUAUUUGGUACUUUUAGAAUGUUUAAUUGGUUAAUAAACCACAAGUUGUGUAUAUUUUCAUAAA